AUGGCCAUAGGGACAACCGACGCCGAACAAGUAUUCCUCUUCGAUGCAUUAACCCUAGACGCAUCGGGACACCCUGCACAGCGUCUAUUCAAUCUUCUUCGCGAUCCUCGCAAGCGCAAACUUGUAUGGGAUGGCCGCAUGGACUUCAUCGAGAUAUGGUCCGUAUACGGGAUACCCCUCAACGGUGUGCUCGAUUUGCAGAUUGUUGAGGUGGUCUCCCGUGUACUGGCGGGCGAAGACGACAACCAACGGUUAGGUCGGAUGGCCCGCAUGUUGGGCGCGAAGGAGGUCUUUCGAGGAAAGACCCGCUGGAAAUAUGAUGACAUUCAUCGCCUCUGCGGGAUGAAUGAGUGCGUGAAGCAAUGUGGAUUCGGAAGUGACUAUACAAAGGAUGAGGCUGUUGUUCGGAUGCAUCGCAAUCUCGGUUCAGCCUUCUGGAUGGACAGACCUCUUUCUUCUCAGCUUCUUCAUUAUGCCGCGCAGGAUAUCAAGAUGAUUUCCUUGAUUUACGAGCACUUCACCACGGCAGGGUUGCUCAAAGACAACAUGCUCCCCCUUCUCUUGGACCAGUGCAAGCGUUACGUUUCUCUUCACCAACAGUCAGGGCGGGUAGAACAGGGGAAUUCGUUCAGGAGCAACGGCUUUCUCCCCCUCGACAUUCUCAAGAUGCCUUCUCAGGACCGACGUGUUUGCUCUGGAUGCAACAGAUUCAUAUCUGCGAAAUAUUUCAACGUCGGAGACAAGUGCCGCGUUUGUCAGGCAGUGAUACUCAAGGAGAUGCUGGCCAGAGACAAGGAGUUAGAGAAGACUCGGAAGACCACCAAGAAUAGAGACGCGUAG